AUGUAUGAUGAGCUGAUACGACCCAGUUCCAGUUCUGAGCCGCUGAAAUUGAUACUGCACUCGUUCAAGGAAGAUGCUACAAACACAGGCAUUUUGAAGGGCUCGAAGAUGGGAGCAUUGAUAUUGCGGAGCGCAUAUCUUAAAGCGUCACAUGUGCCAAGUUGUGACGAUGAGCUUCCGGACAUUGAUUGGGAAAACUUUGACAUCAGUGAGUGGCUGGACACUAUCGUGCGGGUGGCCGACGUGCUUCCUGUGGUGGCAGGCACGUCUGAGGCUACAUAUGCCCAAAUGCUCAAGCAGCUGGAGUCAUUGGGAUGCAUCACCUGGAAGCAAAUCCAGGCAGAUGAUGCUUUGCGACAGCAGCAUGCCUGUGUCAGUCGUUCUUUUGAUUCUGUUGGCCGAUGGUCUGGAUUGGAGAAACCCGAGGAGCGCUUCAUCAAGUGUGGAGAGGCCAGGCUCACCCCAAUCCUUACAGAAAUCCUUGGCUCUCAGUCGAGGAAAGAAGCCAGCAAAAAGCAGUCGCAGUCGCAUGCCUCAGUCGACGAGCUUGCAAUCGAGGAAACCAAAGCUUACAGCCAAAAGAUGUCGAAGUGGCGACGCAAAACAGUUGACUGUGUCAGUGACAAGCUUUGGUGGGAAACUGUUGGCAAUAUGCAUCAAGUGCGAGCACCACUAUCUCACUUCUCGAAUUUCUUGAAGAAGCGGGGACCGGAAAAUAAGAAGACAUGGAGAAGCAGCCACAUUGCUCAGCUGGUCUUGGGAAGGGCGCUGGAGUUCAGGCAAGAGUUCUCCGAUCAAUGGCGUAAGAUUGUUGACUCCUGGGAUGGUACCGUUGAUGACAAUGACCAGGAUGCGCAGUUUGCAAGGAACUUUGCGAAAAUCGUUGAGCAUUUGCUGCGAUACCCGUUCUUGCUUCUGGAACUGGCAAGACAUCCGCCUCACGUCUUUUGCUCUGACCGCCAGCAGCGUGCAAAGAAGAUAUUGGAUUCCUCCGAAGAUGCCUUAGAGUGCAAUACUCGGAAGAUCCGUGCUUUGUUUGCAAGGGACCUUGCAUUUUGCGCCAGCACUGGAUACGGCACCUGGAAGCUGUUUGUUGACACCGAAGAUCGCUUUCAGCCUGUUGGCGGUCCACGAGCUGGUUGCCCUACCCUCGCGACAGCCAACGCUGCGCAAAGGGAAAUUGAUCCAGACUUGUUUCCGCCUGUCACUGCUGGCAAGGACGGCCAAUUGGAACCGGUGCCUGGCUCCUGGUGCGAACUGACACGCCUGUCACGUUUGAACAAGCAGUCUUGUGCGGCAUUGGACAAGCUUGCCGAGAAGCCAUUUAUCGACCAGGCCACUACUACUACUACCAAGCCUGAGCCUGCAAGUGACGACCCUGACCUUGUGGAAUACAUCCGGAACGAGAUGCGUCAUCACACUACUAAAGACGAAGCUUCCUCUGGUUCAGACAGUGAUGAUGAUGACGGUGUCAUGGAGACAGUCAAUGGUUUCUUAGAACAGUUUGAGGAGAAGCAUUGUGGCUCUGGUGAGGCGACUGAUGAGGCUUCCCUUGCCCAGGCAGCGACUAGACAUCAAUUUGACGAGCCCACCGAGGUUCUUGCUGAGGACGAUCAAUCUUGGGGAGAAGCACAAAAGACCGAAAUGAUGGAAGCUGAGCAACGGCGAAUGGAAGUGGAGUUGGUUUCUUCAGCGUUGAAGACAGGGGUUCCAAUGAGCAAGGGGGAAGAGUUUCUGGCAGUUGCAAAUGCCCAAAUGGCUGUACCUUGGACGAAUUAA